AUGUCCGACGACGCGCUCGAGGACGCGCUGCGCCGCGCGGCGCCUCGCGGUCGCGCGGUGGCGCACUUCGGCGUCGGGAACGAGCUGUUGGUGUGCAACCUCGACGACGGCGCGCGCGCCGAGGCGCCGCGCGCGUGCGCGUGGGGACGCGCGACGGCGAGCGGCGCGCGCGUCGCGGCGUCCACGUCCGCGGCGCUGCUGACGCUGCGAAAGCGAGAGACGGCGUCGCUCGAGCGCGGGACGUACGUGGAAGACGCGUUCGCGAGCGCGCACGAGUUUAGUCGCGCCGUCGCGGACGCGCUCGAGGAGGCGUCGAGUUCGAGCGAGGGCGAUGGCGACGGCGUCGCGCUCGCGCGCGCGGUGUGGGAGCUUUUGGAUGUGUACUUCAUCACCCGCGGCGGUGGUUUAGGCGUGGGCACGGACGCGGUCGUGGAUUGGUAUCGCGUCAACGCGUCGAGCCUGGCGCUCGGAGAGGCGAGCGCGAGCGGACGAUUGCGAGAGUUGGUGGCGCGACUCAAGGAGAGCGCGAGACCGGAAGAAGCGAGCGGGUAUUGGGAGAUGAUCGUCACGAUGGUCGCCAUCGGUUGGACGGAGGCGGCGAACGAUUUGUUACAAAUGCACAGCGCGUGGGCGGAGUGGCGUUUGCGCAAGACGAGCGUGCAGCCGCAAGUGGAGCUCAUGGAAGCCGCCGGUGCGCUUUUACGCACGCUGCCGAAACUCGGUGGCGAAGAGGGCGCCGCGAAUUUGCAGCAGUACGCGGCGUAUAGACAUGAAUGGUUGCGCCAAGUGAAAACCGUGCUCGCGGAGGGAGGGCUUUUCAACAACUGCUGGGGCCCGACGGCGGACGGCGUUCGGAACGUUCUUCUCGUGUUGUCCGGCGACGAGCGAACGAUCGUUUCGAGCGUCGGAAAUUGGGUGGAGCUCAUGAUUGCGCAGCUGCAACACAUUCAUCCGACUUUGAAGAUUCAGGGUGAACACGAGAGCCUGGCGCGCGCGGCGUGUCGAUCGAAGGGUAAGUUGGUCAGCGAGGCGUUAGAUUCGCUCAUCAUGUACGCCAUCGCCGGUGACUCCCAAGGCGUCAUCUCGGUGUGCUCGAGACACUUAGAUUCCUGGUUCAUGGCGUACUCAACGACGCUGCUGUCGCGCGCUGGAGGCGCGCAAGCUGACGUCUUGAGACGACCGACGGCGUCCGGGGCGAGCCAGAGCGAGUUGUACAUGCUCGAAUACUGCUCCUCCUUAGCGACUUCGGCGCAGACACGGGACUUAGCGGUGCGAAUUCUAGCGGCAUGUUGCUCAGAGCGCGGCAUAGAGAUGAUGGCAACGACGCUCAUGCGUCUCGCGGUGACGGAGGAUGAAGGAGAAACCGAGGACGACGCGCCGGCCAAGGCGGCGCACGCGCUCGCCGUGGAAGUCGGUCUUCCGAACACCAGCGCACGCAUCGCGAAGAUGGCGAGCGAGCGCGCGCGAGCGAAUGGGUACGUCUCACUCGCCUUUGACUGGCUUCGAGUGUCACAAAACACGGUGGGAAGCGACGAGCUUGCGAGAGGAUUGGCGCAAGUCGGCGCGCUCGGGGACGCCGCGGCGACGCUCGCGCGCGUGGACAAGUUCAUGGAGAAACACGGUGACCAAGUCCUCGUGAAUGCGAAUCGCGACGUGGACGUUCAUGAAAAUGCGGUCGACUUUUUCCGCGCGCGCGCCAAGUUCAACGCCGCGAUGAAGAUCCUGAAGACGUCCGUCGCGCUCGACGAGCGCGCGCGCGUCGCGGCCAAAACCGCCGCUGACGCCCUCAUCGCCGCCUUAGCGCCGAGAUCCACGCCUCCCGAGCUUUGGACCGCGAUCAUCAUCGACGCAAUUCCUUUGUUCGAGGGCGCUUUCGACGCCGCCGAGCUCUUCUCCCCCGCGUCUUGUCGUCUUCUCUCGGCGCGCGCGCGUUUCGCCGCCGAUCUCUCCCGCGCAUCUUCCUCCGCCGACCUCGACGCCGCCUCCGCGCGCGCGCCGAAACGAGUCACCAAAAUCGAUCUCGCCGUCGCCGCGUGCGCGCUCGCCGUCGCCCGGCUCACCAAUCGCGUCGCUUUCGAAGCCUAG